UAGGUUUGUUUGAGCCUUGUUUGCUUUAGCUAGCAGGGAGGAGGCAAUGGCACCCGUUCUAUGCUACUUGCUUCUCCUAUUGUUCUCCUACCACUGGACAGCAACCACUGAAACAUCCAACGAAAUCGUGCAAGUGAUCCAGGUCACAGAAUCCCAGAAAGUUUCUUUGUCCUGCAAUCUGGAUCACACCCGGACUUCAAGUGAUUUAGAUCUGAUCUGGCUUGGUCCAAAAAGGAAUGAAUUGCUGUAUGUAAAUGUGGGGUACCACCAUCCUGAGGCAAGACUUAAUGCUACGUGGGGCUUGUCGAUCUACAGAAAUGUUGUGCAAAAUACCACUUGGUUUACCUGUAAUUGGAAUGGGCAGUCAGGAAACCGCCAUGUGCUUCCAAACAGAACCAGUGGAAAAAAUGACUAUGUUGACCCUGAUAACAUCCAAGAGAAAAUGAAAGCAUAUGAGAAAGAAGGCUAUGAAGAUAGUAGUGGUAAUUUUUCAGAUGAAAACAGCUCUUUCCCUUAUAUCAGCCACAAGGAAUCAGAACGACACCAACCCCAGGGAGACCUGCCUCAUUCAGCAAUGGAUCCCGAAUAUUUUUCCUGUGAUGCCCCAUUACAUAGAAAUUGGACAAAGGGGACACUGCUCUGGAUUCAGCAUGAUUCACUACAUCAAAAUAUAGUGCUGAUUAAUAUGACAAUACGCCGUUCCAUUCGCUACUCACUGACUAUGAAUGCUGGUGUUGUUUCUUUGAUCCUUCCAAAAGUAACUCUUGAAGAUGCUGGGAACUAUUCCUGCCAGUGGAAAAAUCAGACACGCUAUUUUCAGCUAGAGGUGAUAGCAAAGACAGUUGUUUUGCAUUGGAUAAUUUGGUCUGUAGCAACGGGAUAUAUGAUUAUUUGCCUUGGCUCUGUUUUUUGCUUUCUAAGGCUCCGGCAAGUCAACCGAGCUCGCAGGCAACAGAAGAAGUUGAUAAGUCAUAACAGGAGAAGAUACUUUUAUGCCAAACGGAACAAAAGAUCUAUUUCCAAUAGGAUUAUGGUAUCUGCAGGAAAUGAUGAUGUCACAGAGCAAAUUGAUGCCUAUGAAAACAUGCCACCAGAUAUGGGUGCACAACGUGGCCAAAGGUUACUGCAGAAAGGAAAAAUCUUGCCCAAUACCCUCAUCAUGGAAGAUGAAGAAGAAUAUGAAUGUCCUGAUAGUGAGACUGAGCUGAAGUCAGAUGAUGAUGAAAACUAUGAAAAUACUCAAGAAGAAGUGAAACCGGGAGUUGUAGUUUUGAAUGAUGUGCUCAUUUACGAAAAUAACAAGGACAAGGUGACGUUUGAUCUUCACAAUGGGAACUCAGAUGACUCAUGGUACUCCAACAAAACCGAGCAGGUCCUUGAGAAUUUGAUCCAAGACCAAGACCCCAUUGCUGAAGACAAUGAAAACUAUAUAAAUUUGGAAGAAGAGUGUCCUACGAGCUCUGGUGCAGCACGACUCAUAGCAGGUUUACGCUUACAGCUGGCACUGGAUAUCCAUAAGGACAGGCAGGAUGGAGGCAGUGAACCUUCUACAGGGUCUCAAUCCUAUGAAGAGAUGAAUGGAUCCUUAUGUCCCACUGCAAGCAAACUGUUUUACCUCCAUACCAACACGAGCAAUGAAGAGGAUGCCGACUCCUAUGAAAAUAUGGAAAGCCCCACAAGUCUCAACUCACGGAGAGAUGGCAUCUUGGAUCCACAUGGAGACAAUUCUCCCUCUGGCUCCAGGUGGCAGCACAUCUCUGUUCCUUUUGGAGGUGAUCUUAGAGGUGGGCUGCUAUGCUCAGACUAGUAUUGCCACAGUACGAGAACAAGCCCAACAAGGGAUCCUUUCCUUCUCUUAAUUAAAAAAUAUUUCUACCCAGAAUUCUACUCUGUUGUCCCAAGAGAUGAGGAAUGUUGAAUGUGUUAGAUGUCAGCUCUUUUACAAGAGAAGAAAACCCUGGUAGAUUAGACUUGUGUCUAGCAGUUGGAGCAGUGAAGAACGGUAGAGGUUUUUAAGGAGAUGUGGGUAGAAACUUGCUUUUUUCAAUUGCUCAGAGACUCUGAAAAUGUUUCUUUUGUUUCACAAUUACAAACUUUUUUUUAAAGCAGUUUAUGGGUCUGAUGAAUCAACAAUUGGCAAAUAUUACUCAGAGAAUCCAGCUCUGGAAUAAUGAAGCCGCUUGCUGAUUUAUUAAUUCUUAUGAUAAACAUGAAAACACCUUCUUCAUUUAAGACUGUGUUGACUGGUGCACAUGACAAUCACAAAACCACCCUUCAUUUUCAGAUACUGAAACAGCAUUUCAAGCAAGAAGCAUACAAUUGCAAAUGCUUUUUCAACAAAAGGAUCAGUACAUACUUUGCUAAAUAAUUGUUUUAACUGGAAAAAAUAUUCAACUAUGUUGAUGUGCCUAUACUUGCAAAGAUCAGAACUGUGCAAACCUUAAUAUCCUCUGGGUAUUAUAGGAAAGCGAAAGUUGGACUUUAAAAAAAAGCAGGCCAGAAAGGGGAGUUAUCCUUUUGGGAUGCUUGUGUGAAGAAGCCUCCUGAGAAUAAUGUGGCUAGCCAGGAAAAUAAACAAAUGAGUCAUUGAAUGAAUCAAUCCAGAAGUCUCACUUAACCCAGAAAUGACCAGACUCAAAUUAUCCUAAUUUGGAGACACUAUGUGAAGAUCUGAUUCUCUUGAAGAAGGCUGUAAUGUUGGAAAGGAGGAAAGAAACAGAAGAAGAGGAUGACCACGAGUAAUGUGGAUGGAUUGAAAGUGGUGAUGGGAUUAUCAAUGGAAGACUGAAGGACUGGAUUGGGGCAGAUCUUCAUACUGGGUUCUAAGUGGAACCAACUUGCUGGCACGUAAUCAAAUCAAUUUUUAAAAGGCAGGGAGGGAUUUUGAAGAAGUUACUGUCAUUAGACAUGCAUGUGUCAAGAAAAACAAAAAGUGGGGGAGGACAAAGGGGAAGUACAUAUUAUGCCCAGUAAAAAAAAAAAGGGGGGGGGGGUUCUAUAAAUAGAUGUGUUUCUGUGUAACUAUGAAGAAAGGACACAUUAGUCUGGCUGAGAUAUUCUAUUCAGCCAUAAUUUAAUGAAGAUCUACAAUAAUAAUGCUAAGAUAUAAAUGAUAGCUAGGUCCAUACAGUAUGUUAUAAUAGAUCAACAUCAAACCUAUUCCAUUAUUACUUAGUACAGUGUAAGGCCCAUGGUUUAUCUACCUCCUGGGUAUAUAAAAAGGAUCUAAUUGCACUGUUAACAAACUGGGGAAACUUGUCCCAGCAUAUUAUUGUUCUUAUUUCUCUUGCUGUCAUAUGUUUUAUCAGGUACUAUAUCCCAUAAAAUAAAAUAUUCUCUAUUAGAUUGUCUUCUGCUUCUCAUCACCUUCUGAUCUCAACAAGCUCUCUUUUAAUUUUUAUUUGAAUUUGGGUCAGAUAACUGUAAUCUUAGACAGAAAUGAAGACAUCUUUCUUGAAAACAUUCCAACAGCUGUUGCCGGUGCUACAUACAGGUAGUCCUCAAUUUACAACAAUUUAUUUAGUGACCGGUUACAGCAGUACUGAAAAAUGUGAUUUACGACUGUUUUUCACAUAUGCAACCAUUGUAGCAUCCCUAAGGGCAUGUAAACAAAAUUUUGACACUUGGCAACAGGCCUAUUUUUAUGAUGGCUGGGAAUCAUGAUUAUUUUUUGUGAAUUUCUGACAAGCAAAGUCAAUGGAUAAGCCAAGUUCUCUUA